GGUGCCCUCUUCUGAUGGAGAACUUUUGCUUUGCAGGGACUGUCGGGAGCAGUUCAAUUGCGAUUUGCAACAAUAUUGGUGAAGUUGUAAUGUUGCCAUUUGACGUCUGGUAGUGGUUUGUUGGAAGAGGACGUCGGAAAUCGGCGUUCAUCAGUUAGGGUGUGAAUUGUUCGGACAAUUCCGGGAGCUAGACAGCGGUGUUGUCAGCGGCAGUGGCGAAUGAAAUGGCACGCCAGAAGUUCGCGUUGCUCGGAAUCGCUAUUGUUCUUUCUCUCCACGUCUUCAGCAAUUUUCUGGAACAAGUAGAAGCGCAAGACAAUAUAUUGUUGCCGGCAGCUGAACAAUGGGCGCUGAGGAAUCUUUUCGUCGCAUGGAAGAACACCGAAGAUUUGAACAGUAGCCUGCCUGGAUGGACGGAUUUUAAUCCGGACUCAUUGCCUAACCGUGAUACUCCCCCGCCCAUAGACGGUUUAUCGACUUAUGAUCCCUGCUAUUUUAAUUCUUGGCGAGGUGUCCGCUGUUACAUUACAUUAAGGGAUACGACACCAGAGCAGAAGAAUGAUAAAGGAGGAAGAAUUUGGGAUGCAAAUGUCGUCACCAUCAUAGUCAGUGACGAAUCGAUCAUAGGCAAUUUGCCUGAAGGAAUCUGGAACUUCACGAGUCUUUCAUCCUUAACCUUGACAGGAAAUCCUGAGCUGAAAGGCGUUCUUCCCCCUUUCACCGGUAGUAGCCUACUCUGGACUCUAAAAAACCUAGAUCUUCAUGGAAAUGGACUUCAUGGAUCCAUACCUAGUACGUACGGGGAUAUGCUGAGUGGGCUCGAAGACCUAGAUUUAAGCAACAACCGUCUGAACGGGGCACUCCCAGAAAACCUUGGUAAACUCGAAAAAUUGUGGACUUUGAAGCUGUCGCACAACCAGUUUUCUGGAAGCAUACCAAGAAUGAUUUUCCGAAAUUUGAGCCGUCUAGUCACAAUGGAUCUAUCACACAACACGUUCAGCGGGAAACUUCCUAAUUUGACCUCCGUGGCCUCUCUCAACAGACUGAAUAUGAGCUUUAAUGCAUUUAAUGGCUCUGUGGACCUCCUUGUUAAUAAAACGAACUUGGAUGAUUUGGACCUCUCCAACAACUAUUUCACAGGCUCGAUGCCAAAUUUGAGCAGCUGGUCAAAUCUUCAAUCUCUAAAUUUAAGCAACAACAAGUUUGAUCCACUAGAUAUUUCUGCCUCGCUGCAAAAUGUCAAUGAGAAUCUACUAUCUCUGGGUCUGAGCAAUACCUCGCUGCAUGGCACUCUGAGUACGUCUAUGCUUAAACGCUUCACAAAGCUAAGGACAAUAGAACUAGAUUACAACAACAUCGAUGGAACACUGGACGUUGCGGAUCUUCUUUCCUUCCCACUAAACGGGACCCGCAAUAGUACGCUGCGUAUUAGUUUGAGGAACAAUAGCAUUGACACGGUCAUAUACAAGGAUCUUGUUAGAAAACUUCCGUUGAUUCUUGAGCUACAGGGCAACCCAUAUUGCAGUGGGCAGUGGGCAGACAGUGAUGUUGGCAGGUGUUUUUGUACGCAGUUAUGUUUUGAUUCAAAGGCAGAGGAGGAUAUUGCAAAUGUAAAACGGACGACUAUUUUGAUAGCCUCACUUGUAUGUGGAAUUCUGCUGCUGAUCAUCAUCAGCAUUGGGUCUUUUUUGAUUUGGAAAAACAGAAGGGAUAGCGGAUACCGUCUAGCCCAAGUACAUGAAAAGUUUGCCAAGCAUGAACUGAAGCCUACGUUAUAUUCAUAUGGUGAGCUGCAAAAGGCAACUAAUGAUUUCCAUCCCUAUAUGAAGUUGGGUGAGGGAGCAUUUGGUGCAGUUUACAAGGGAAAGCUCGCAGAUGGAAGUGUGGUGGCUGUGAAGCAACUAACCACAAAUGCACAACAAAAUAUGGAUGACUUUUUGAACGAGGUUGUUGUUCUUACAACUGUGAAACAUCGAAAUUUGGUGAAGCUCAAAGGUUGUUGCCUCCGUGGCGAUCGAAGACUUUUGGUAUACGAGUGUGUGGAAAAUUAUGACCUUGCUGAAACGUUGUUUGACCACAAAGGCAACCAACCUAUAACUUGGCCAAAGCGGUUCAAUAUAUGUUUGGGAGUGGCAAAUGGCCUACAAUAUCUACAUGAAGGAGUGGAACCAAGAAUCAUACAUAGAGAUAUUAAAGCCAACAAUGUUUUACUUGAUAAGAACUUGCAACCCAAAAUUGCAGACUUUGGUUUGGCACUUUUGUUUCCAAAUCAAGAGACCCAUAUUACAAUUGAGCAAAUUGCCGGUACAAAAGGUUAUAUGGCACCAGAGUAUGCUUCUCUUGGCCAAAUAAGUGAAAGAGUAGACGUCUUCAGUUUUGGAGUGUUGGCCUUGGAGGUUGUGAGUGGGAGGAGAAAUAUCAAUUUUGAUGUGCCUUUGGAAAAAACAUACCUCAGUGAAUGGGCAUGGAAACUAAAUGAAGCGGGUAGUCUCCUAGACCUAGUUGAUCCAAGUCUGUCGUUACACGUUGAUGAAGAGGCUGUGGUACUACGGGUGAUAAAUGUUGCAAUGGCAUGCUUGCAAACAGCUGCAGAAAGACGGCCAACAAUGGGCCAAGUGGUGGCAAUGUUACAGGGAGACAUUGAAGUUGGAGGAAUUGUUAGAGAGCGAUAUAAUGAGAAUGUGAAUAGAUCCUAUCAGAAGCUACUGGGUCUCAACACGUCAGUCACUAGUCUUGUUCCUGUUGAAGAAGAAGAGAGUCAAGUUCUUUAUGGAAGUAGUUCCCAAGGUGGAGGUACUUCUCAUGAGCUUGAGCUCAGUUUAGUGAAAGCUAGAUGAUGGUGUCAUUUUUUUAUGUAGUUGUUGAAAUGUUCAUGUUUUAUUUAUCCACCAAAAUUUUCUUGGAAAAUUUGUGAAGAAAUUUCAAUAAAUAUGUCAAUAUGUAUCUGAUUUGUAUUCUUAUAGAAGAGAAAUUAAGUUUCGGUAGCAGAUUGUACCCUUUUAAACCUUAAAGGAGCAUUCGUCCAUGUUUUGGAUGAUGAAUGAUUUCA